AUAAUUGAAGGGGUUUACUCGGUCAUGUUUCCGAACGCGUCUUAUCCUGUAAAAGAAAAAAAAAGAAAAAGAAACGAGUUAGCUCACUGUGGAAGGAAUGUCAUCGGUUAAGCUAACGUUAGUUAGCAUUGAGCUUCCCUGCUGAACUGCCACAUCGCCAGAAAACUGUCAGCAGCACCGCAGCCGCUUGCCAACAAAACGUGGAACUUUUCCAGAACUAUAGUUCUUCAAUACGGGGGAUGAUGUCUUCAUUUAUAUUUACGCAAGAAGUUUGCUAGUCUUUUCUGCAUUUGGAUCAAGUGCUGUCAGCCAUGGCUCACGACGAAGAGGAAGAGGAGCUGACCAUCGAGGGGCCCAAGGAGGUGGACAUGAUCACAUCAAUACGUUGCCUUGGUUACCUGUCAAGCCUGAACCUCAUGGUGGCGGUGUGCGUCGGGAUGUACUUGCGCUGGGAGGUGACGAGCGAGCCGAUGAUCCUCGUCAUCUUCAUCCUGGGUCUUUUCGUCCUUGGGAUUGCGAGCAUCCUCCACUAUUACUUUGGCAUGGAGCAAGCCAGCCUGAGCCUGUUCCAUCUGUGGUUUGGCUUCCUGCUCGGUCUCCUGUGCUUCCUCAGCAGUCCUGCCUUGGAUUCCAACGUCAAGGAAGUCGUUGCCAACUAUCUCCUCCUGGCCAGCGUGGUCAUGAAGGCAAUAUGGGCCGCGACGGAGAGAAUAUGCCGCUCCAUCCGCUACAAAGCCGUCUUGCUGAAGUCCACCGAGUUCCUAGAGCUGCUCGGUUUUGCCAUCGCGAGCACCACCAUGCUUCUCAACAAGUCAGUCGCCAUCGUCGGCCUUGUGGUGGCUCUGGGCGCGCUCAUCGUGGACUUGAGGAUGAAGUCCGUCCUGGCUUUACCCAACUUGGUCAGCUUCGCCCUGGUCACCUCACUGGUGUUUUUCCAAGCCUUGGGCAUUGCGGCCAACCCCUUCGCCUUAGGGUGCUACCUGGGUCGGCUGCUGUGCGAGCCCGUGUUGGACGUUUACUUCAGCGCGCUGGGCGCCACCGAGCGCUGGAUGCCUGUGCUCACCUUGGGGAACAUGUGGAGGCGGCUGUCGCUCCUGCCCUUGAGCCUGCUGGAGUUGACCUUCGUUAUCCUGGCUGCCUUUAAGCUCAGCCACUUGGAGCUGUGGUACUUGGUGAUCCCAGGCUUCUGCCUCUUUGGCCUCUUCUGGUGCAUCUGCCACGUCGUCCUCCUCAUCACGAUCUGGGGCUUCCAUACAAAGCUGAGCGAGUGCCAGAAAGCCUGGCGGGCGCAGCGUUCCAGCAGCCGUGGGCUGGACCAGGUCAUGGCCUCCAGGGGCAUCCGGCACUUUUGCCUCAUUUCGGAGCGGCUGAUGUUCUUCAGCCUGCUGUCCACGGUCAUUCUGGGUGCCGUGUCCUGGCAGCCGGCCAACGGUCUCUUCCUCAGCGCGCUGCUGGUGGUGCUACCGUUGGAGUCGCUGGCCCACGGGCUAUUCCACGAGCUGGGCAGCUGUCUGGGGGGCACCUGCGUUGGCUACGCCCUGGUCAUCCCUACGACAUACUGCAGCGCUGAUGGCCAGCCCGCCCUGCUGCCCCCGGAGCAGGCCCAACAGUUGAACCUGCGCGCCACGGGUAUGCUGAACAACGUACAGCGUCUCUUCUCUCACCACAUGAUCCGGACGUUCGGCUGCGACUACUCGGCCAGCGGCGUCAGCCUGGAGACGCUGCACGGCAAGCUGCGCAACUUCCUGGAGCUGCGGACGGCGGACGGGCCGCGCCACGACACCUACCUGAUCUUCUACAGCGGGCACACACACAAAGGAAGCGGAGCCUGGGCGCUAGCUGGAGGGGAGAGUCUUCAUCUGGCCCAGCUGCUGGAGUUGUGGAAGGAGAAGAACGCAGGUCACUGCUCGCGCCUCAUCUUGGUCCUGGACACAGAAAACUCCCUCCAUUGGGUCAAAGAGGUACGUAGGGUAGAUGGGGUCUACAUAGCGGUACAAACGGCCGAGCUGUCCGCCGCCGGGCCCGACCCAGAGGUGGGCGAGGCCCCCGUACUCGGGGACUUCACGUCCGAAUGGGUGGAGUUCAACUGCAACCCAAACAGCGACACGCAGUGGUCCGAGAAGGGACGUAGCGUGGCGGCGGUCUACGGCGUGUCAAAACGCUGGAGCGACUACACGCUGCACCUCCCCACGGGCAGCGACGUGGCCAAGCAUUGGAAGACCCACUUUCCCACGGUGACGUAUCCCAUGGUGCACCUCUCCAACUGGUGCUGUGGCCUCAACCUGUUUUGGUUGUGCAGCGUGUGUCUGCACUGCUUCAGGAGGUGCAAACUCGCGUGGUUCCCACCUGCUGUUUUGGACACAGGACAGGGCCUUAAACUGGUGCACUCCUAGAUGUGCUCCAUGGACACUUGGACGAGUUGAACAAAUUAGCAUAUAUGUUUCGAUGCAGACAUAAUGGAGUCACAUUGUAAGACUAAAUGUCUGUUUAACAAGAGAUGGGAUUUAAGGCACAUUCCCCCCCCAUGUAUUUAACAUAUUCAAAUCAUAGUAAGAUUCCAUAGCAAUUAUUUUGUAUUUAUAUUUUCUUCUGACUAAUUUUGCUAACUGUGGCUUACCAAUGUAAAGGUUUUCUUUAGCACUAUAUUGACAUUUGCUUUGUACAUAUGGGUCAUUUCCAUGUCAUUUAAUAACAGAUCAAUAAUGCUUAUUAAAAGUAAAAAAAUCUAAUUUAGCAAUUUGUUUUAUUCCGCCUUGGUUUUAUAUGGCUAAGUUUUCCAUGCUGAAACAGCCAUGCUUAAAGUCCUGUUUUCAAGAAAUUAUUGAUGAUUUCAAAUUUUAGGCAUUCAUAGUAAAGGCAAUCCUUAUUGACAAAAAAAAAAAAAAAAAAAAAAAAGGAACUUUGAAGACACUUGGAUGCAUUUGUGUUAGUUUUCAUUGAAAAUGAAUAUUAAGCAAUAGGGAAAAAAAAUUAAUUAUGUUGCAAAUCAUGAAACUUCAUUUUGGGCAGUCAAGACAUUUUGGCAGUAAAGUUUGAAAAAUGUUACGAUGGAAAUGUUUUUCUUUUCUUAGAAACAAUUAACCUUUUGAAGGAUAACAAUGACUGCCAACAAUUCAAAUACUCAUAUCAGUAAAAAUAAUUAUUUAAAAAAAAGAAACGCAGUGGGCCAUGUCUUUACCGUGAUCAAACUAAAUGAAAAUGACCCAUACACACUUUUGAUUUAAUUAGGUCCUGCAUUAUACUUCUCAAUAUUAGUAACACCUUGCAAACGUCAGCUUCACUAACCGUGCAGAACUUAUGGCAAUCGAGGUCUCUAAUGCACAAAAUAACACGUGCUUUGAAAUAUGUAACCACUUAGCAGACCCCGCACUCUGUACUGUGCGUGGGGUCCUUUGCUGUCACUUUUUCAUCCAAAACGCUGAGAUGCUCAUUUUCCCUUCGUCGUGGCGACGUAGAAGAAUGAAGCUUUUCUCCCUGGAAACGCAAAAAGUGAGACAUGCGACCGACUUGAUAUCAUGCGAAAGAAAAGGAUCACUGUUCGUAGUUUUAAUACCACUUAUAAUGUUAAGUAAAAUAACAAAUAAUUACAAUACUAAAUUCUAGGAGGAGAAGGCAUAAAUAUGCCCACAAUUCCUUGUUCUGUUGCCUUAAAAAGACCCGCUAUAAACUGUAUAUAAUGUAGAUAUAAGCCUCUUAGGCAAAUUCCUUGUAUGCUGCCUUAAUUUCACUGCGAUGUGCUCCUUCCAUGAUUGAAUGGUGUCUUUCAUAAUGCAAAUCCACCCCAUGUGCUUUACUGGAGUUAUGUCGGAACAAAAACGUAAUAAAGUUAUUUUAACAGUCAUAUUCAUUGUGGUUCCAAUGUGGAGUGUGCCUGGGAGGGAAGUGCGCAAUAAAUUGAUUGAAGGGAAACAUUUAAAGCUUGUGAAAUGGAGAAAAGGGUGUCAUAGAAUACUUGUGUAAAGAAUUUGACAGUGGCCUUCCGAAUAAUGUAAAAAAAAUGUGCUACCUUGCGUGUACGAAGGCUGUCCUUUUUCAUUCUCUCCCCUGCAAACUGCAGCCUCAGCGAAGGCUAUCGAAACAUACAGAACAAUCACGGAUACACCAGCAGUCAUUCACCACAAUAUUAGAUUACAGGCCAGAUUCAUCUCCCAAACUGGAUUAGGUAAUAAAAAGAGCCGACCCCCUCUUGAGGCCCAAUGAGGAUGUGCUGAGUCAGAGACGCCUGGUCUCGCACGCACACACACACACACACACACACACACACACACACACACACACACACACAUUCUCCAAGCAUGUAAACACACACUGCUGCACACAUCGUCUGCAGCUAAUCACUUGUCACGCAGCGUUAGCUUCCAAUACCGGGAAAGUGAC